AUGACUUCGACCUGGAACCAAUACUUUCCGCCGAAGCCUGAGUGGUCGAUAGACGACGUUCCGGAUCAGUCUGGCAAGGUGUUUCUAGUGACCGGGGGAAAUACUGGCCUGGGGUUCGCAACAGCGAAGGUGCUGCUGGCGCGCAACGCCAGAGUGUAUAUCACUAGCCGGGAUAGGGACAAGGGGAGGCGGGCAGUCGACGAGCUGAGGAAGAUAUCCGAGGCGAUACGUGUCCUGCACCUUGACCUGUCGGACUUGUAUUCGGUGCGAAGGGCGGCAGACGAGUUCAUGAGCAAGGAACACCAGCUGCAUGUCCUCAUCAACAACGCCGGGAUCAUGAGCUCGCCAAUAGUGUUGCUCACGAGACAGAGAUACGACCUUCAGUUUGGGGUCAACGUUCUCGGUCAUUUCUAUCUCACGCAACUGCUGCUGCCGGUGCUGCUCGCUACCGCUAGAGCGACGGGACAGAAGGUCCGCGUGAUUAACUACUCUUCCUUAUUUGGUCCGGAUGCCCGUAUAGACUACACAACGCUCAUGGAUGGCCCCGUACGGAGAAAAUGCUCGCCUGCACAGCUCUAUAGGCAAUCCAAGCUGGCCAACCUGCUCUUCGCACUCGGGCUUGCAGAGCAAUAUGGCGAGCAGGGAAUCGUCUCGAGUGCAAUCAACCCGGGGAAUGUCCAUACAGGCCUCUCGCGACACACGGGAGCUGUUACUGCAUCAAUAUGGGACAUGUUCUCGCACAGUGUUUCGAAAGGCAUACUGACGCCGUUAUUCGCCGCGACCUCUCCCAAAGCAGAUCUGCUUAACGGUAAACUCCUCAUUCCAUGGGCGCGACUAGGACAGGUCCCGGCGAGCGUCCUUGAGCGUUGCGCUCAGGAGAAUCUCUGGGAUUGGCUCGAAGCCCAGACCGACUGCUUUGAGCGAAUGAACCACGCCAAGUCGGACUCGACUGUGUUCCUCGAACAUGGCAUUGACAACGUCUCUGUAGUUUCCGUUCAUUCCAAAGUGGCUGAGAACGAGGCCUUGUUAAUCUGA